UAGGUGACUAUGGGUUAACAGGCUGGCGGCUCUCUCCGCCCUGCCUGGGACACGUCUCUUCGGCGCAGUAUUUUUACUUUCUGCUGAAAACGCCGUUUAUUUUGAAAAAAAGAAAGAAAGAGAAGAAAUAUACCCAGACCCUAACUAGUCUUCUGCGUGCUCUCCAAAUAUAUAAGUUUGAAAGAGCGUGCUUUCGCUUUCGGAAGGAGAAACGGGAAAUCGAACUUCGAGGGGGGACGUUUUACUGAUCAUCUGUGCCACUGCAACAUCAUUUCAUGCUGCACUCCACCGCGCGGACAGUGCCCUGGGCUCGGGGGUUAGAUGGUGCUGAUCACGGACGACAGGGAUGGAGGAAGCGCCUCGUCGCUGCGCGUCAAACAGCUGCAGCAGCAGAAAAAAGUUGGGGGGAACAUCGGCCAUGUCCACCCGACGAUAACCGAGGAGCCCCAGUCCAACUCCGAGGAGGACUACCUGGGGUCCUGCGAAGAGGACGGCGAGGACGAAGAGGGGAGCGAGGAGGACGGCGAUGAGUUCGAGGAGGUUGACUUUGAGGACUUGGAGGACUGUCGGAGCAUCGCGUCGGACGACUCUUUCUAUCCUCCGGAUGAUGCGUUCGCGGACUCGGAGCGCUCCCCGUCUCCGGAGAGCCCGGAGCCGCUGUCCUUUUUCAAGGCGUGCUGCACUAACAACGCGGCGAUUGUCCGGAUAAUGAUACGACACGGUGUGAAGGAAGAGGAGGUCAAGGAGACCGACAGGAAUAACCGGAUAGGGCUGCUGGUGGCAUGUUACCAAGGAUUCGUGGACGUCGUCAUAGCGCUGUCUCAGUGUCCGUACCUGAACGUCAACUGGCAGGACAGCGAGGGAAACACGGCUCUCAUCACCGCAGCGCAAGCAGGCCACAUAACAAUCACCAACUAUUUGCUGAACUACUACUGUGGGCUGGACAUAGAGAGAAGAAAUUGUCACGGCUUUACUGCUCUGAUGAAAGCUUCCAUGCAGGGCAGGGUGGAGUGCGUGCGCUCGCUCAUGAUGGCAGGAGCUUCCCUGGAUGCAAGGGACUUUGGUCGGAACCUGACUGCCAGGGAAUGGGCCUUGUUUACGGGUCGUUACGAAACGGCCUGGGUGAUGACACGUCUUAUGGAGCGGCCCUAUCCCUUCCAGUACUGUGACACAUACAGUCUAGAGUGGCCCCCACUGGCGUCCCUGGUAGCCAGAGCCCAGGAGCCCCGCGGCUGUCUGAAGCGCCUCUCGGACACGGUGCGCAACGUCUUCAACAUCGCAAAUGUCACCAACCCCGAGGAAGAAGGCGUUAUCGACCACCUGGUGUCUGUCACUACUGCCAUGAGAAGCCCUUUUAUUGCUGUGGCGUGUCGCACCGUGUGUCCCGAUAGUCCUCCAAGCGUGGGCAAACGUCGCUACGCAGUCCCAGAGAUCGUCCGCAAGCAGCGUGCCAAAGAGCUCCUGUGCGCCAACCCCGACAGGGUGGACAGCCACCGCAAACUUUUCCAAAACUCACGGGUCACCCUGGUGGCAAAGAACUCCGAGGACCGCCGGUCGAGCCUUCAAGUCCAGAGAGCGGUGCCUCGACACAGGAGCUCCAGCCUGGGCACGGUCUCUCACAUGCAGGCCCUGGAGCUGCGGAGAACCAGCCUGCUGCCGCUGCACAUGGUGCUGAGGAGGAGCAGCGUCAGGCCAGGGUUAAGCAUCCCCAAGGUGAGGAUUUCAAAGGCCCCCUCCACCACCUAUGAACCAGAACCGAUUAGGAGGAAAAGCAGCGCCAAAGACGGAGGGGGGAACCUGCUGCAGAUCCCCAAGUGGCGCUACAAGGAGCUGAAAGAAGAGAGAAGGAAGGCAGAGGAAGCGGAGAGAAAAAGGCUGGAGGCUGUUACUAGGAGACACAUCGCAGCUGGGAAAAGGAAAUAAUACAAUUACCUCAGGGAAGCUUCUUUUCAAAUCCUCACAACAACAACAACAACAACAACACCUGGACAGAUCACAAAGCCAGAAAGAUUUGGAUGGAAUAUUUUGAACCAUACAGAUUAUACAUCGAGACACUUUACUUAAACACUACUUUGAGAGCUUUAUUGUGGUCAGAGACUCACCCUGCAGACCUGGCACAUUAACUUGUUCUUAGAUAAUUUAUUUUGUAAUAUUUAUUGCUUUCAAAUGGACGGCCAACACUUUGCUUCGAUGAGUUGUGAGUUGUUGAGUUGUCGCAUCAGCAAUGCACUUUUAGUUUGGCACACUGUAGAACAGACGACAGGAAGAGACGUUCUCUCCUACUGCAGAAACACGUUCAUCUCUUCCUGCCUCGAAAAGGGGAAUCGCCUGGAUGGCAAUAUUCUGGAAUCAUGUCUUUGAAACAUUUACGGAUUAAGCGUCUUGUGUCGGCCGAGAAAUUGAAACACAAAUACAAGGACCUAAAUGCAUUUGCAGGAUAUAUAUACAUAUAUAUUUUUAGAAUGCUUACUGCUUUAAAGCCUUAGUCUGAAUGUAUUUUGAAUACAUACAUAUAUAUUUUGUACUAGAGAUAUGAUUGCUUUUCGAAGGUAUUUUUAUUCAGUGUGUACAUUGAUUUGCAUACGUGUUUUCUAGUUUUGACGUUUGAGUCAAAGGCAGAAUUAUUGGGGGGAAAAAAAACCUUUAAAGCAAUAAGAUCAAAUAAAACAUUCAAAUAUUCUCCACAUGUUUACAAGACAAAACCAAAUUUAUGUUUCAGAUAAACUAUUAUGCAAUGAGAGAUAUGUGACGUUGAGGUAUGAAGGGUAUGGAUGAUGUGAAAUAAACAUUUGUUGCUCACCAC